AUGAUUACACCGUGUUUGGUGCUGUUUUUAGUGCUCACUGCUCAAUUUUUGGAGGCGGUAUCCCGAACAAUUAGACACCGUUCACGAGGAUGUGACGAAAUGCCAAUACGACUGCAGAAAGAACUGUUCGAAAAAGGAUGUCGCAGUUUAUAUAACUCAUCGAUGCCUAGAUAUAGAGCGCAGCCCGUGUUUCGAAGAUCUCUGAUUCUGGACUAUUGA